GUGUCAUGCCUGCCCUUGUGCAGUUUAACUUCUAAGAGUGUGUCAGUUUCUAAUGGGUUUUCAAUCUGUUUUUAUAAUUUUUGUGGUCACGGUGCUCCAUUUCUGGGAUUAAUAGCCUGAAUAUAGAAGAACUGCAUGACUAGCAAAAUAUUUCUCUCUCUCUCCACCAGUCUCAUUUCAUCUCAGCACUCACCGUGGUCUUCGUCAACUCCAAGUCCCUGUCCUCCCUGAAGAUCGACGACACGCCAGUGGACGACCCGUCUCUGAAGGUGCUGGUGGCCAACAACAGCGACACGCUGAAGCUGCUGAAGAUGAGCAGCUGCCCACACGUGUCCCCUGCAGGUAUCCUGUGUGUAGCGGACCAGUGCCACGGUCUGCGGGAGCUGGCCCUGAACUACCACCUACUGAGCGACGAGCUGUUGCUGGCGCUCUCGUCCGAGAAGCACGUCCACCUGGAGCACCUGCGCAUCGACGUGGUCAGCGAGAACCCGGGCCAGCAGUUCCACACCAUCAAGAAGAGCAGCUGGGACGCCAUGGUGCGCCACUCGCCCAAGUUCAACCUCGUCAUGUACUUCUUCCUGUACGAGGACGAGUUCGGGCCCUUCUUCCGCGACGAGAUCCCGGUCACUCACCUGUAUUUCGGCCGCUCGGUCAGCAAAGACGUGCUGGGCCGCGUCGGGCUGCACUGCCCGCGUCUGGUGGAGCUGGUGGUGUGCGCCAACGGUCUCCGCCCGCUGGACGAGGAGCUCAUCCGCAUCGCCGACCGCUGCAAGAACCUGACGGCCAUCGGGCUGGGCGAGUGCGAGGUGUCCUGCAGCGCCUUCGUGGAGUUCGUGAAGAUGUGCGGCCGCCGCCUCUCGCAGCUGUCCAUCAUGGAGGAGGUGCUGGUGCCCGACCACAAGUACGAACUGGACGAUAUCCACUGGGAGGUGUCCAAACACCUGGGCCGUGUCUGGUUCCCCGACAUGAUGCCCACCUGGUAGACGGGAGGGAGGGGGCAGCGCUUGUACGCUCACCUGUGGCCCAGGUGACCACCUGCACACCUCUCCUCCCAUCUCUCCCCUUCCUUUUUCUGCUAGAAUGAGACGACGUAGAGUAGUCCGCUCCACUUCAAAGACCAUCCUCCCGAGUGUGUUCUUCUCGACACGCAGACACACACACACACACACACAUAUAGAGAGAACAAUUCAUACUCAGUCAUGCUGUCUUGGUGUAGCUUGGCUCUACAUCAUGACAUUUGUGUGUAUGUUUAUGUAUGAAGUAGACACCUGCAUUGCUGUGUCUGCAGAGGCUCGUAUGAGCGCCUGGGCGGACUUUUUAAAAAAGUAGUACGAGUGUCUGGGAAAGGAGAGAUGGGCGUCGCCGCUGAGCAACAGGAUCUCAGAUGGACCAAUCAAACUUCAUCAUCAGACAGGUCUCUCGGCUCAUUGGUCAGGUUGGAAGAUCUCAUGGGGAUACAAAUCAGUUGAAACUGAGGGAAGGAGGACCGGUUCAGCAGUCCCGCACUGUGCUGUGAUUGGCUGAAAUACUUGUCUUUCAUUGGAAUGAGUUUUGAUUGAUUAGCAAUUGGUGUGGAAUUGAUGCUUGUGUAGGGUCUCAGUUAGCGCAGUAAGUUUCACUUCUGGGAAGUAUCUGGAAGUUACUUUAUUAUCCAUUUGGAUAUUUGGAUGUCUAAAUCACAAUAUAGCACUUUUAAAAAUAAAUGAAGAAACAAUUUAAUGAAAAGCAAAAUGUUUAAUUGUUUUGUAUAUAUUUUAGGUUAGCCUAAUCCUUGACUCUGCAACAGAUCCAGAUUGGUUCUGAAACAUUUUUAGCAGGUCGGCAGGACUGGCUAACAGAUCCAGAUCGCUUCUGAAAUGUUUUGAGCAGGUCGGCAGGAUAGCUGCAGGAAGCCAGGAGAAUGUCCAUGAACACCGAGGGAGUAGAAUAGAACUUGAUUAUGUGGCACCACCAUUACCCUCCACUCAACCAUUACCCUCCUCUCAAACGCUUGAGUCUGCAUCAGAGACUUACCUGGAUUUUAACACGUUUGUGAUGAACUCACGAGAAGCUUUUCGGCUUUUGUCUCCCUCUGUACGUCAGCCCCAUCUCCCCUCGUUAGUGGUUACUGUUCCUUUUUGCUGAUGUGGAAGAUGUUUGGCGCCUCGUCUCCUCUCGUUAAUGGCGUUCCUUUUGGCUGAUGUGGAAGACGUUUGGCGCCUCGUCUCCUCUCGUUAAUGGCGUUCCUUUUUGCUGAUGUGGAAGACGUUUGACGCCUCACGCCGUCUACUCACGCAGUUUUUAUAGUGUACAUAAAUAAUAUGGGUGGACUCUUUUAUUUGUGUCCUGGAAGAGGAUGAAAACACAAAUUCCUGUCCAGCUGAGGUGAUUUUCCUCGCAGAUGUUUAUCCGUUUUUCAUUUCUACUUACAAAGAGAUAUGAAGGAAACUCUGUGGGUUUUUAUUUCCUCUUUCCCUUGCCCCAGCAUUCCCACCGCAUCCUUCCUCCUGCUCCUCAGUUGCCCCCGCAAUUCCCACCGCAUCCUUCCUCCUGCUCCUCAGUUGCCCCCGCAUUCCCACCGCAUCCUUCCUCCUGCUCCUCAGUUGCCCCCGCAUCCUUCCUCCUGCUCCUCAGUUGCCCCCGCAUUCCCACCGCAUCCUUCCUCCUGCUCCUCAGUUGCCCCCUGCAUCCUUCCUCCUGCUCCUCAGUUGCCCCCGCAUUCCCACCGCAUCCUUCCUCCUGCUCCUCAGUUGCCCCAGCAUUCCCACCGCAUCCCUCGUUCCCAUGACUGCCCAAACUUGGCUUGAUCCCGUGUAAUUUAUUUAGCGUAAAACUGCUUUUUGUAUUCAUCAGUGGUUUGUAUUGAUGAUGAUGAUGAUGAUGAUGAUGAUGUAUAGUUUCCAAGUGAUGUACAUGUGUACGUAUGUCUGCAAACAGUCACAGUUGUUGUGAACAUAUAGGCCUGCCUAAUAUGAGAAGAAAGCUUGUGCAGCUUUUCCCACUCACCUCCACUAGAGGGAGCAUGUGUGCAGGUUUUGACUGCUCCUGUCAGAACAGAGUAGCUUUUCUCUUGUAGAAGUGUGUGGGUUUCCUGACAUCACUGUAAAUAGAUGCUACAUGUACAUUCAUACACACUACACUUUCACUGUGCUGGGAUGCUGUUAUCCUUUUAUUUUGUCAAGCCUACAUCAAAGACGUACAAAAAUGUUAACACCAUUUCAAGGUGCUGAUUUAUUUUUUACCUUUUUUGUAUUUCCAUGUAGGCUACAAAACAGAAAAAUCUGAUCUAAGAAAUAUUCUCAGAUGUAAUGGACAGAAAAUGGCAUUGUGAAUCUUUUCUAAAGAAUUCAGUAUAGAAAUAGUCGAGUCAGUCUUGUGGAAAUAUGGGCUGAACUGAGACAAAAUUUCUCUCCUCUGAGCUGGGCAUAUGACCUUCAACCUUUGGCUGACCUUUGAUUGUCCAGGAUUAAGUGCGUCUCCAUGGCUACAUUGGAAGUGUACAUCGGUCACGUUGACUUCAUUUACUCUGUUCCUCUGACAUAUCUGUCCAUCUGGGAUACAGCCCCCCCCCCC